AUGAAGACCGAAGUAGACAAGCUUAAGGCAAUCGGCUUCAUCCGUGAAGUCACCUACCCCAUUUGGCUCGCCAACUCAAUCUUGGUGAAGAAAUCCGGCGGCGCCUGGCGAAUGUGCCAGGAUUACACUAAUCUGAACAAAGCAUGUCUGAAGGAUAGCUUUUCGCUGCCAAGAAUCGACCCACUGGUGGACGCCACGGCUGGCCAUGAGCUCCUCAGCUUCAUGGACGCCUACUCCGGCAUGCAUCCCACAGAUCUUGAACAUACGGCAUUCAUUACCAACAGAGGUCUUUAUUGCUACAACGUCAUGCUGUUCGGCCUAAAGAAUGCUGGAGCUACGUACCAGCAGCUGGUCAACAAAAUCUUUGCCGAACUCAUUGGCACUUCAAUGGAGGUCUAUGUAGACGAUAUGCUGGUCAAAAUUCGGACCGCCAGCGAUCAUCUUCGAAACCCCUCCCUCAUGUUCGGCAAGCUGAAACAAUACAUCAUGCGCCUGAACCCAAGCAAAUUCCUGGGCUUCAUGAUCAGCCAGAGGGGGAUUAAAGCCAACCCCGAGAAGAUGCGAGCGCUCAUCAAUAUGCAGGUGCUGAGGACGAAGAAAGAGGUUCAGAACCUCACCGGCCGAGUCGCCGCCUUGGCCUGUUUCAUAUCAAAAGCCACCAAUCGGUGCGCCUCUUUUUUCAAAGCUCUCAAAGGAAGUAAACGGCAAGUCGAUUGGACUUCCGAAUGCGACCGAGCGUUCGAAGAUCUGAAAGCCUACAUGUGCAGAGCCCCUUUGCUGUCCCCCCUUCUUCCAGGAGAAGACCUCGUCAUCUAUCUCUCGGUCUCAGCAUCGGCCCUGAGUUCCGUGCUCAUCCGUUGA